GGUUGAGGCUGAGGAUGCUCUGCCCACCUCACAAUUGGCUGAGAGUAGAAAGAGUGCUUCUGCUUCUGCCAAGAGGUUUGCUGAGGCCCAGCCGUCAGAGUCCACUCAAUCGAAGAAGCCGAGGUUAUCGUCUGCGACGACCUCGGGUUCCAAAGUACCAAGAGUCCCCUAGGUGCUUGAAAUCACCCUGGAGGAUAAGCCUGUUCUAGCUUCUGACAGUGCCGAAGACAUAAACGUCGGCGUGGCACUCAGUACUGCUGUUCUCCUUCCUGGUGAUCUUGAGCGAAAUGCCAAGAUGAGCGAGUACGAGAACUACGCCCUCAUGCUCCAACGCUCUGUACAAGCCAUUCAACAUGCCCAUUCUCUCUCCAUGCAAGCUUUUAAAACAAGGGAGAAGUUGGCUGAUAUGAGGCGGGAGGUUUCUGCCUUGAAAAAGGAAAACAAAACUGUUCUAACUAAGAUGAAGAAGCUGGAAGAUCAGGCCGAGGCUGCCACUAAGGCCCAACAGAUGGCCGAAGAAAAAACGGAGUCUGCUGAGGUUAUCAGAAAAGUUGCCGAGGCUGAGAAAAAAGAGGCCGAGGUAAAAAAGGCCUAAGCCGAAAAAGAGCUUCAGAAGGCUCUGGUCACCAAAAAAGCCGAAAUCAAGGAAGCUGAUGAGAAGGCUUACGCCCAGGGCAUGACCGACGUUACUGAGGAAUAUAAACUUCAAGUCAGGUAGGCAUGCAACAGGGGCUUCUCUCUUGGUUGGAUGGCCCUUGCCAAGAAGCUUAACAUUCCUGACGAUUCGCCACUGCGCAAAGCCGACGAUAUUCUUCUUCCAUUUCCUCCACCUCCAAGCCAUGCUGAAGAUGAAUCUGAGUCUGAAUCUAAGGAUGAGGAUAAGGAUGAUGAUGAAACUUUGGUAAGGAAGCCCAAGGAUACCAGUGUGACCAAGUCACCUCCUCAGGAGGAUCAAGUCCUAGACAUGACUCAUGAGGAGGACGAGGAGGUUAUCAAGGAGACCACUCUUAGGCAAGCAUCAUCUGAUGUUCCUCAAAUCGGCAAGAGCAUUGAUGAAACCCUUGCUGAGAUCGACGCCGAGAUUGCUGCAGAUAAGGAAGCCGAGGUAUCUCUUCAGGAGACCUCUGAAGUUCAGAUCCAGCCCGAUACUGAUAUUGAGAAGUCUUAACUUUCAUGUCUUUUCUUUUGUACCCUUGUACUUUGUUUUGUUUUCUGGACAAUGUAAGCUUCCUCUCAUGGCCGAUGUGCCUUUCUUUGUUACUUCGAAACAAUUUACUUCUGGUAGGCCGUAG